AGGAGGUUACGGCGCAUCUGUCUCCAAAUGGUAAUCGGCUUAGGUGAUGUCAGCUGGGGAAGGAGGGCCCCGGCAAGGAGCAGUUUGGCAGGAGGCUGGAGAGGCUGGGGAAGACCCCCCUCCAGAACUGCGGGGCUUGCGCUCUGGGACAAGCCAGAAGCCGGUGAAGCUGCCGCAGCCUGCGUGGGCGGCUGGGGAGCUCGGCUAGGCAGAGGAGAAGGAGCAGGAGGAGAAGGCAGAAGGCAGGGAAGGAUGGACCUGUCCCCGGCUCUGCUGCCCCUCACCGCCAACGACAGCAACUCCUCGGAGCCUGGAGGAGGCAACCUCACUUCUGGCUUUUCACCACCACGCCUGCGGCGAGUGUCCUAUAUCAACAUCAUCAUGCCUUCUGUGUUUGGCAUCAUCUGCUUGCUGGGAAUCGUGGGGAACUCGAUGGUUAUUUUCACUGUGGUAAAGAAGUCCAAAUUCCACGGGUGUAACAACGUGCCUGACAUCUUUAUCAUCAACCUCUCUGUGGUGGACCUGCUCUUUUUGCUGGGCAUGCCCUUCAUGAUCCAUCAGCUCAUGGGCAACGGGGUCUGGCAUUUUGGAGAGACCAUGUGCACGCUCAUCACUGCUAUGGACGCCAACAGCCAGUUCACCAGCACCUACAUCCUCACGGCAAUGGCCAUUGAUCGCUACCUGGCCACCGUUCACCCCAUCUCCUCGACCAAGUUCAGGAAGCCCUCUGUGGCUACGCUGGUGAUUGGCCUGCUCUGGGCACUUUCCUUCAUCAGCAUCACACCGGUGUGGCUCUAUGCCAGACUUAUUCCCUUCCCCGGAGACACUGUUGGCUGUGGCAUUCGCCUGCCCAACCCAGAGACUGACCUGUAUUGGUUUACCCUGUACCAGUUCUUCUUGGCCUUUGCUCUGCCCUUCGUGGUCAUCACAGUAGCCUAUGCACGGAUUCUCCAGCGGAUGACUUCCUCAGUGGCCCCAGCUUCUCAGCGCAGCAUUCGGCUGCGCACCAAGAGGGUGACACGCACGGCUAUAGCCAUCUGCCUGGUCUUCUUCGUCUGCUGGGCACCCUACUAUGUCCUACAGCUGACCCAGCUCUCCAUCAGCCGCCCCACCCUGGCCUUCAUCUACCUCUACAAUGCAGCCAUCAGCCUGGGUUAUGCCAACAGUUGCCUCAACCCCUUUGUCUACAUUGUGCUCUGUGAGACCUUCCGCAAACGUCUGGUGCUUUCGGUCAAACCAGCUGCCAUGGGGCAGCUCCGGACGGUCAGCACUGCCCCCACCAUGGAGGAGAUGACUGAAACCAAAAGUGCCUGAUACUCCCUCCCUGCUCCAGACACUGCCAGCAAACACAGCUCAGAUAAGACCAGUUAAUGGGGGAUGGGAGGGGGGUUCUGGGUAUAAGACCUGGAUAAGACUGAGUUCAGAUGAUGCUGAGCCAACUGGGAGCCAUGGUGAGAAAUCAGGAAUGUGUUUGAGCCCCCACCUGGGAGGUUUGCUCGGCAAAGGUCUGAGUGAGACUGACAGAAAGCAAAUGGAUGACUAAGGAGAAACAUUCAGUUUAACCUUCCAGUCACAUCUCUUUAACAUGCACCUACACGGUUGGCUUUGUCAUCCACCAUUUCCCCAAGGGAAGCUGGGGAAGGCUGGGAAGCCUCAGCUGGCUCUUGACUCAGGCCUAACCAAGAGCUAGAGGAGCAGGGCUGGGUGGGCCAGGGGAGGGGGUUGGGCCAGUAACCCCAGAGAUUUUCCUCAUUUCUCCUUUGCAUGAAAAACCAAACCAAGCCAGUUUUUCUGGUCUGGUGAGAAGAGAUGAGCAAGCCAUCUCUCCCACUCUCUCAGCACCCCAACAACACUCUUGGGAAAUGCAUGCUUUGGGGGGAUGGGGACUGUAAAUCCACUCUUGUCCCCCGUGCCUAGAAUAGACCCUCCUUCCUUUCCUUAAAGGCCCAGCUUAGAUGCCAUAUCCUCCUUUCACCCCCUCCUGCUCCGGGGACUUUGCUUGUGUCUCUCCUUUGCUCCCCCCUUUUAUCUUGUAUUAUAUUUAUCUGAGUGCCUGGCAAAUCCCCUAUUUGACCGUAAGCACAGUGACGGCAGGGGUUAUAUCACUGUUCAGCUUUGUAUCUCUAGCAGGGAGACCAGGGCCCUGCACAUAGUCGGUGAUUAAUAAAUAUUUGUUGUAUUGAAUUGAGUCGAGAAGCUAGUGACUGCUAGGAAGAACAGGGUGGUGAAUAAGGCUACCAUCUUUUGGGGGGAAUGGGAGGCAGGAGAGAGAUUGAGAAAGGAAACAAAAACAAGAAAAAGUAAAAACCCUUUGUAUAUGCUGUGUGUUGACUCAUCUGUGUACAUGUUCUAUCCCCAACAGAGUGUAAGCUCCCUGUGGGCAGGGGCUGUUUACUUAUUGUCCGUGUAUCCUCAGUGCCAAACACAGUGCCUGGCAUGCAGAAGGCACUUAAUAAAUGCUUAUUGGACUUCAUUUUUGUACAUCUCUCCCUUCCCCCCAACAGUGCCUUGUGCACUCAAAUACUUGAGUUUUGUAUUGUGCUAAAUGGAAUUAGAAAGCCAACAACUCCUAGGAAGAAUGAGGGGGAGGAAACAAAGGCUUUUGUACAUCCUUUUAUCCUAUAUGCAUGUAUCUAUAGUAUAUAUGUAGUCUAGUAGUGUGUGUAUGUAGUAUAUAUGUUUUAUGUGUUUUUAUAUACACAUAUGUGUACAUGUGUAGUAUAUAUGACCUGCUCCUUUGAGUGGAAUGAAAGCUCUUUGAAGGCAGACAGGGUUUCAUCCCUGUUUUUGUAACCCUGCUGCCAGCACCAUCCUGGCACUCUCGAAGACACU